AUGUCAAAAGAACUGCACAAAUGUCUGAUUAAUUAUUUCUCACAGCUCGAGAAAGUAGAUUGCAAAUGGAGGGAAUUAUCUGAAGAAGCCAAACGACCAUUGCACGCAUUAAGAAAUCAGUCAGAACAACUUCGACUCGUCACAAGUAAGGAGGUCAAUAAUGCAGAACUCUGUAAAAUAGACGGGGUCUACGAAAGACUGAUUUACAAAAUUCUUAUGGGGAUCGACAAUGAACUUACAUUGCUUUUGGACGUUUUGAAGCGUUUCAAUAAUGCCAAUCAAGAUUUAAGGAAUCGUUUAAAAAAAUUGGAAUAUGUUCGAAGUAAGGUUUCAUUGAGCGAUGAGACGAUGCAGGAGUUAAUCAAUGGAACUCCUUAUAGGCCGAAACUGAAUUCGCUUUUAGAAUGGGCCAUUAACGGUUUGGACUAUUAUCACGAUUUGUAUCGUAAUAUCAACGAAAACAUAAAACAAUAUGAUUAUAAACGCGUGGAAACGAUAGAAAAUUUAACGAAGUCGUUUAUUGAGGACAGAUUCAAAAGACUGCGGAUCGAUCAUAUACUUGGUUUUACACAGUUCCUAAUAAAAGAGACUGUUCGUUGA